AUGGUAUUUCAAAUAGAUGCGACUGGAAUCAUUGACCCACUGACUGCUAGUACUACGACUAGUAGUAGUAUUGUGAACUCAUCAAGCAGUUGGAGCCAAUACUUUACAGAUGAAACGCUGCUGGAGGAGAUAAAGAAGGAUUUAGAACGAUUGUAUCCAAUUGGCAACGAAAGCCUUUUUCAGAAUGAAGUGUACAUGACUACGUUACGUCACGUUCUUUUUGUAUGGUGUCGAUUGCAUCCAGACGUAGCAUAUCGCCAAGGCAUGCAUGAUGUAGUGGCUGUGGUGCUUUAUGCUUUGAUAGAGAAUCAAGAGACGGAUAUGUUAGAGGUCAAGCAACUGCCAGCAAGUACUGAAGCUGACACUUUUCUACUGUUUGAAGCCGUGAUGCUGUUCUUAAAGCCAUUCUACGAGAUUGUCGAGGCAAGACGCGAAGCGACGUUUGGUGUAAAUCAAGACAAUGAUCGGAAACUUUGUAGCAACUUUGUAGUGCACAAGAAUGACAAUGGGAAUGGGUUUUUCGAUAUGCAGUCAUUUGGAACGAUAGGUGGGAAGCAAAAGCCGUCGGCACUGCAGAGAUUGUGUCAUCAUAUUCAGUACGAUUUACUGCAACAGAAGGAUCCGCAGCUCUACUACCACUUGAAAAACAUGGAGAUUGUUCCUGAAACAUAUUGUUUGAGAUGGAUCCGAUUGCUUUUUGCGCGCGAAUAUGCCUUGCAAGAACUAAUGUGUGUUUGGGAUGCUUUGAUACUUGAUACCAGACGUGCAGCGGUUGACUUUCCAGUUAUCAAUAUGACCGAAAAGUCGGACAAUGACUUGCUGAAGCUACCCAAACUGAUUAUGGAAAGCGAGGAAACGACUUGGACUGGAUUUCCAUUGUUGCGUUAUGUUUGCGUAGCAAAGCUGUUACAAAUGUCGACACAGCUACGCGAUUCGGAUAACACUGACUGUUUGCGACUGCUCAUGCGUGCGUGCCAACAGGAAGAUUUAGAUUGUACUGACACGGAGCGACAGAAGUGUGCAAUGAAACUCAUACAGUUCGCGAGGAUAUUGCAAGACCCAACAGCCGAGGGGACCGAACGAAGCGAAAGCAACAUUAAGUCAGAUGACGAAUUAAGAGUAUUGGAUCCCGAUGGAGGCUCCAAGUUAGUGGAAGUGGUCCUGUUCCAAUCAGGUUCGCUCGGCAUCGUUUUAACAAAAGCAGAAGCCCCAUACAAUGAUCGCCUGGCAGUUAAAGCUUUUACAAAAGAUCCGACCACAACCGAUGGGAUGGGACAAGCAGAGGCUAGUGGAAGAGUGCAUCUUGGUGACCUCCUCCAGUCGAUCAACGGCGUGCCAAUAAUUGGGUUGACGACAGAGGAAGCAAAGCGUCGUAUCCAACUCGUCAAACGUCCGAUCUAUAUUGCGUUUUCCCGCUGUAGAAAUGCCUUUGGCGACGAUGACAUUACUCCUUUAGAAACUUCUGGAGUCACUAAAGAUUCCAAUGCAGCGGGCUCUCCGCCAUAUCCGGAGACCACGCUGACUGAGCUGGUGCAACCAACAUUUUUGCCUGGCGAAUUAUGUUAUGCUAGCGUCGAGAGUAGCAUGCAGCGACUUACUCUAUCACACGACGGAUCAUGUCUAUCUCACUAUAUUAGCGGGAAAUUGUUCAUCACAAACUACCGCUGCCUCUUCACGCGUCUGCUUGGUGGUGGAAAAAUCGAAUGGCAGAUUCCUGUGCUCUCCAUCCUCUCGAUAGACCGCAUCAACCCUCGCGCAGUUUCGUCCGGGGCAGUUUCCGCGAGCCUAUCAGUGGAAAAUGCACAAGUUGCUCUAGGUUUUGCCCCAGAUGACUUAUACAAGAUUGUCAUUCGGUGUAAGGAUACCCAAGUGGCACGACUAUCGAUUGCAGACCAGAACGAAUACGAGAAGCUUGUCGAGUGUUUGAGUUUUUUGGCUUUCCCAAAAAGCUUACUGGAUGCUUUUUGCUUCUCCUAUUCUCCGACUGUGGCGCCAUCCGAAGAAGUCCGAUUCGACAUCCGCGAGGAGUAUAAACGUAUUGGCUUGCUCGCUUUUCCAGAUCACCUGCGCUGCAUUGACCAGUCUUUAACGUAUACGCUCUGUGAUACGUACCCGCGGUAUCUUAUCGUGCCUAGUGGCAUUUCGGACAUUCGUCUGAAGGCAGCAGCUGCUUUCCGAUCGCAUCAACGUUUGCCUGUCGUAUGCUGGAUCCAUCGCGGCAACAGUGCUACAAUUGUUCGAUCAAGCCAGCCACUUGUGGGGUUCAAGUCUUCGCGCAAUGAAGAAGAUGAGUUGCUUUCAACUGGCUGCUGUGGACUUGGAAAAGGCACGGAGAUCUCUAGCAACUACCACGGCGCAAAGAUCAUUUUUAUGAAUGUUGAAAACAUUCACUCCGUCCGUCAAUCGCAGCUUGCAUUAGCUGCGACAUUUGCGCCUAAAAGAGGUGCGACAGAGGAUACAUCCAGCAGUAUUUACGGUCGGAUCGACCGUUCAGGUUGGCUACGCCACGUCCGCCUCGUGUUAAAAGCAUCAGUUGAUCUGGCACAUACUGUGCACAACGGUACAUCGGUACUUACACACUGCAGCGAUGGGUGGGACCGCACGGCACAAAUGGUAGCAUUAGCUGAGUUGAUGCUUGACACGUACUACCGCACCCUUCGUGGUUUUCAGGUACUUGUGGAGAAGGAGUGGUGCGCCUUUGGGCAUCAACUUUGUCUGGCAAUUCAUUCGCCAGUAUCCAACCGAGUGCGAAUUUAA